AUGCUGGGGUUGAACGCUUCUAAAUCACAAACAAUCCUCAACAAACUCAAACCAACUACAUUUUUGGCGCCUCUCGUCAAAAAUGCAAGUUCUGUUAACGUGGAUCUUGAUCCAGAAUGGGAGAAAAUGGCACAGAAGCAGUUGAAGGGGAAAGAUCCGCACAAACUUAUCUACCCAACUUACGAGGUUUAAAGAAGUGUCUUUUUAACAUAUCAUUAUAGGGAAUUCCAUACAAACCCGUGUAUACCGCCGCUGAUACGGCCAAUCAUAAGGCUGAGUUACCUGGAAAAUUUCCGUUUACUCGCGGUCCUUACCCAACAAUGUACACCCAAAGGCCCUGGACUAUUCGUCAGGUAAAAAACGUUAUGCUCUGACGCCUGUAGUAUGCUGGCUUCUCCACAGUCGAGGAGAGCAACAAGUUCUACAAGGACAAUAUCAAAGCGGGUGUUCAGGGCUUGAGCGUUGCGUUUGAUUUGGCAACACACCGCGGUAACUGUUCUUUGCCUCUCACGUUGAAUUUGUUUUUAAAAACUUGUAUUUUGUUGCGAAAAGUCUUGAUAUGCUGCUGUUCAGUGUGCAGACCAGAUGGACAAGUUGGAACUUGAUAAAGGAUAUUUCCCUCGGCAAGGACAAUACAUAUAGCGUACUUUUUAUACAAUGUACAAAUUGCAGCAGUUCCCCGCCUUAGUACUGCACAUAUUUAGCUAAAUGCACCGAGUUUUGAGACAUUCCCUUCUUCGGUCUUUUUCUGGUUCUUAUUUACCUUCUAUCAGCCUUUGGUUUUUUUGCGUUUUUCUGGAAUCCAGCAAAGCAAGUCAUUAUCGUUACGAUCUUUGAAAAAAAGUAUUCUGUGUCUGACCUUUAUCUUCUUUUGUCCAUAGGUUAUGAUUCUGACAACCCUCGAGUCUUCGGUGACGUUGGUAUGGCUGGCGUCGCGAUUGACUCGGUCGAGGACAUGAAGCGUCUUUUUGAGGGUAUCGAGCUGAAGUCAAUCAGCACUUCGAUGACAAUGAACGGCGCUGUCUUGCCGGUUCUUGCUAUGUUUAUCGUGGCUGCCGAGGAGCAGGUUGGUUCUCGGAGUAUUUAAAGCCUCAAAGCAAACGAAAUGUAGUCGUGAUUUACAAAUUAACAAAAUGUGAUCAACUUCAGGGGGGAUCAGCAGUUUUUUUCUAGGUAGAUUUGUAGAGAAGUUUCAUAGACGCGACUAGGGCCGCAAAUGAUAACUCCCGACUGCCAGCAUUAUGUUGUAACUAAUUAUUACCUUAUCGACGAGCUUAGCUUUGAAUUCCGUUUUCAGCGUUUUGUCGUAAGAGCUAACCACUCGCUUUUCCUUUGGUAGGGUGCUUCUCAAAAAGAACUUGCGGGUACAAUUCAAAAUGAUAUUCUUAAAGAAUUUAUGGUUCGAAAUACCUACAUCUUCCCUCCUACUCCAUCAAUGCGUAUCAUCGCUGAUAUUUUCGCCUAUACCGCAGCUGUGAGUCGAGUUUUUGUGGUCAUUCCUUGUGUGAUGACGAGCCUGCAGAGUCACUUACAGCAUUCAGAUUCUACCCCGGCUCAUCCAAGAUUUGUAGCACACUGCACGUUCGUAAUAUAUACCGGUUAUGCAAGGCACUUAUUCCUCUUAUUUUCCUGACAAAUCUCUCCAUUUGACAUCUCACAAUGCACACUACACCUUAACUUACAUGCAGUUUAUUAGGUUUUUUAAAAUUAUUUUGUCUCGAAGGACCAAAUACAAAAUGAUCACAACAUAUCUAGCAAAGGUGUUAAUUCCAUUCAAAGAGAAAAACCUCAGCAAAAGAUUUUACGCUGAGGAGACGCUGAUGCAAAUAACAUUUCUAAAAUGAAAGAUUUUGAGACCACACAUAUAACUGUUAGUAUACUAUUCAGCCUGGAAUUUCCUCUGCUUUAUUUAUUUACAGCACAUGCCCAAGUUCAACUCAAUUUCUAUUUCCGGCUACCACAUGCAAGAGGCCGGCGCCAACAACGUCCUUGAAAUGGCUUACACUAUCGCUGAUGGUAUUGACUACUGUAGACUGGGCGUUGAACAUGCUGGUCUCAACAUUGAUAAAUUUGCGCCUCGUCUUUCCUUCUUCUGGGGCAUUGGAAUGAACUUCUACAUGGUUUGUCCCUGUCGUCAUUUGAUUUUGUGUAUUAUGAUUGUUUCGACAAAAAUGCACCCUAGUGUGCCUAACAACGUGUUUACAUCUCACGCACAGGAAAUCGCCAAGAUGCGGGCCGCUCGACGUCUGUGGGCAAAACUCAUCAAGGAGAAGUUCGAUGCUAAAAGCGAAAAGUCUUUACUUCUGCGUACCCAUAGCCAGACAUCCGGUUGGUCUCUUACAGAACAGGUAUGUUACUCCUCUCUGUUCCGCAAAUUAGUAAUAGGUGUAACUGGUGCAUGCCACUCGCUAGCAAAUGAAUUUUCGACUUAUUGACUAGGAUAUGCUUCUCGAAUGGUCUUUGUUAAAUCAGAAGUCUUUGUUUAUAAAUGUGUUCAAAUAAUACUCUCCUAUUCGAUGCACGCUUUUCACUUUACAGCAGACUGGCCUAACUUUUAUAUCUAAUUUUUUGACAUUUUCUUUAAUAUUUAGCUUUCCGAUGGCGAAAGACCUUCGGCUUUGUGCAAGGCUAAAAAAAACUAGAAUAGAGAAAAGGCAACCAUGAAAUCCGAUGGAGGACAUACUCCGCCUCCGGUCAAAUUACCAGGCAGAACCCGUAGACAACGUCGGCUGGCCUUACAUGCUACAGUGUUGCCAUUUUCUGAGAUUUAUUUCAUAAAGUGCUUCAUUUUGCCACUGGUAUUAGCUUGAUUUCAAGUCCACUUACUGACUACUUUGCGCACUGGUUGUAAAGAGUGCAGCGAUUCACUAGCACAUUUUGAUUCAGGACAAAGGCAGAAAAAAAUUGAAAGUCUUGAUUACGUUAGUCAAUCUGCUUCCCCUUAUAUUAAGAUCUGCCUUGCAUUUUCUCCUAGGAUCCAUACAACAACAUCGUUCGAACAGCCAUUGAGGCCAUGGCAGCAGUGUUCGGUGGCACCCAAUCUCUGCACACCAAUUCCUUUGACGAGGCUCUCGGUCUGCCCACGAAGUUCUCUGCACGUAUUGCUCGAAACACCCAAAUCAUUAUUCAAGAAGAGACUCAUAUUACCCGUGUUGCUGAUCCAUGGGCUGGCUCCUACAUGAUGGAGUCUCUCACCGACCAGUUGGCAGCAGCAGCUCUUAAGGAGAUUGAGGAGGUCAGUGUUGGCUUUUCUCUGCACCUCUACUUAUAACAAGUCGCAAUAAUUGCUAUUUGGUUAACAUGUAGUCCAAACGCUUAUCAAUUCUACCGUCACACGAAACCUUUCGUUAUUAACAAACUGGUAAGCACAAUACUAAACAAGCAUUUGGGGUUAUUUCUUAUUUUUGACUCAUUCGUCCUGCCAUCUUCUCUUCCUCCUCUUCCUUCACUACCUCAUCCUCCUCCUACAGAUACCACUUUCACCAAUGCCUUUAAUUUAUUUCUAGUUUUGUCUAAUCCGCCUUAACUGAGUUGCUGGAAAAAUAGGUACAGGAGCACUAUAACUUUCUUUUUUGAUAGCUAACAUGAACAUUGGAUUAGUCUGACGCUUGCGCUCUCAUCGACAGUCCCACAGCGUGAUGGAUACAGGGACAGUGACUUGUAUGUGAAUUAGCGUGUAACGAUGGGAGACCUACGUUGCAUCUACCACACCCUCCCGCGCUACCCACAUAAACCCGGUGUGCAGACUAAGUCAUAAAGACCGCAGGUAGGAUCGGGUGUAUUGAUUGCAAAGCUAAACAGUCCGUCUACGGCUGUCACAUGCACACACACCUGUUCCACGCAGAAUUUCGCAGAAACAAGAAAUGGUCGGCUCGGAUUCCAUCUAGGUAGGAGUGUCAUGGAGGCCAACUUAAGAAGUAGCCGUUACGGCCUAACUAUCUAUCCCGAGAAGACCAUGUUACGCCAUAAGUUGGCGGUUAUCCAAGCCACGGAUUUUAGCGCCCCGUGAUAAAUUCAAGCAUCUCAGAUUGUUUAUAGAAACGAAUAUGCGCUUAUUCGACCUCACUUUCCCUACCCCAUGCACCAGUCCACUCUGCGAACCGAUCAACCAUCUGAUGCAGAGAUUGGGAGUAAUAGCGCAUCUGCGCGUGCCAUGAAAGAUCUGACUUCGCACACACACACACACGCACACUAGAUUUUCAUCCAAAAUGAUGGGCGAGUCGGACUUCACAUGCUUGAGAUUGCCAUAGAGACAACUUGGCAAGGAGCCUUUGUGGCCUGACUCUCAACUCACCAGUCGACCGCUUCACACGCGAGGUUGAUUGCAACCUUCUAAGCAAUGACUUUUAGUACGCCAUGAUAGAUUUAAGCCCCUUAGCUCUAUUGCAGGGACGAAUGCACUUAAAUGGGUAUGCAGUUUCUAGGGUUGGCCGCACUCUCCCUCUCCUAUCCGCCAGUCUGAGCUUAUCAAUUAACUGACGAUGGAUUUGGAUGAAGUGGCUGACAGAGCUUCGAGGAUCAGUCUAAAUGCGCCCUACAUGGCCUGGCCAGGCAUCAGGUGUGCCAAAAUGCACGUUUCUCACUUAAAUAAGGGGUGUUAAUCAUGUGCUUGUGAGGAAUGAUACUGGGCGCCCUUGUGUGCCAUGUAUAAACAGGUGGGGAGACGUUUGUCCAUGAGGUUCGAACUGUGGUUUUGCGCUGCCGAUUCUCCUACAGUCACAUAUGGCCGUGUAAACCUGAAUGAGAGUGUGCAGUGUCGACAUUUGAGGUGUGUGCGACGGGUGUACGUUAGUGCUCCUGAAACCGAUUUACAAAUUCCGGCACGACGGACUUACGAGCGACCGACCAGGUCGAUGCGUAAUGUGUGGGUGUAAUCGUAAUGGAAGCAGAUUGUGAUGGGGUUUGCAUUGCUGGUCGUAGGAACGGUUGUGACGCAUGGCAUGGCACCAGAAGUGUUCGCAUCGGUGGUGGGGGUAGGACUUUUGGCAGUCGCUGUUUUCGCGGGGAUGUGGCAGUGAUUAUAGAGGUUGUGGUGGGCGUCGACAGCGGUGGCGAUGGAAAGAAUGCGCGCACACACAGUAGGCAGGUAGAGGAGAGAUUGCGCUGAAGGAGAUUUCUGAGCCAACAUGGUCAAAAAGGACACAAACGGGAGAAAGACAGGCACAAAGUGGCCCGGUCUCUAGUCUUACCGAAUAAAGCAUAACGGGUGAAAAUGAUGCGGGGACGUUGUUAAAGGUGGCGUCCUGGGAAGUUCGAAAAGUUUCGGUGACGUUGAUCGCAGCUGAGGGUGGCAUCUGGGUGACAUUCUUCGGCAGACCUUUUCUCUCAAUGACUUCAGACGUCUGACACUCCAAUUAUCAAGAAGGAGGCUAUGCUACUCUGUAGGCGGAAGGAUGUUCCAAAUUCUUGGUGCAUGCUCGACACUUGGAUGAUUAAUUUGCGUCCACCUAAGCAUGACCCGUAGCACGUUGCGUUACUUUCCGUCCAUUUUUAAUUUUUGUUAAGUGUACGGUAGCACCUGAACGCUGACCUUCUCGGGGAUCUUCAUCCAUUACCUCACUGUCUUUUUCAAUUGAAAAUAGGUCGAGGCAAUGGGUGGUAUGACCAAGGCUCUCGAAGCUGGCAUUCCAAAACUUCGCAUUGAGGAAUGCUCCGCGAAGCGGCAGGCAGCUAUUGAUUCCGGCGAUGGUAUGUCUACACUUUAUAUAAGCUUGGCUAAACACGUCUGGUCCCUCCUUACAUGAAUAGCUUAAAUAUUGUUUCGGUGACCUCUUACUUAACAUUUUUUUAUCUUCACCUCGGCGGCCCCAGAGGUCAUCGUCGGUGUGAACAAGUACCGCCUGGAGAAGGAGGAAAGAGUGGACGUUUUGGUUGUCGAUAACACGAAGGUCCGUGAAUCUCAAAUUGCCAAACUCAAAGCGCUUCGCAGCUCACGUGACCCGAAGAAGGUAAGUUUACUCUGGCGAUGUUUUUGUGUCUAACGCGCUGGUCAGCUGCUCCAUCUCGUGCAACCUAAUCAAUUCACUCCUGGUUGACAAAAUGGUUGUGGAUGUAAGCUCAUCAACUCUGUCGCAAACCUGAUUCCCUUGUCCAACGCUCAACGCGUUCCUGAUCGAGAUCAAACCGAAGUGCCUUAAAGGCCUCCUAAUCCGCAGCUCGUCUGAUUCGCUUCGUUUACUAUCUUACGUAUAACAUUUGAUGACUGCCCUAAAGUGAGGCCAUGGCUCAGUUUUUUACCAAGCACAUUCUUUUCUGAUGCUGGGAUCAUUUUGACUUCUGGUACCUACCUGAAUAAAACCACACAUGUAUACGUAGACACAGAUGUAUGCUUGUAUGGACAAUGGUGUUGGUGUUCUAGGGAGGAGAACAAAACUGAAGUUGCAGCGAAGAGCGAUGCAGGUGUGGACGGCGAUCGCCAGAAUUUAAAGGUCUUUCCCCGUCGGACUGGCAUGACAGAACUCGUGAAGGUAGAUGUCGACAGGUCAUCCUGUCCGGUCUGAGAGCCUUUAGACCGUAGUCUGUAAAUUAUGGGCCACCAGUGCGAUUCUCACCCUUCAAGCACCAAAGGGCGUAAUUCAGUAGCCGCCCCCUGAUACUGAAAGCUUGUCUGCAUCUAAAACGUCAGGACAGCCCGAGCAUAGUUUGUGAGAUCGCCUUUUUGUUAUAUUUAUGUAUUGAAAGAUGGGCAUCCCAAGAUGCUUAAUUUGAAUGUAAUAUGUCGUUUGGAAAAUCUGACAAACUUUAUUUCGUGUAUUUUCUACACUAGUUCCCCAGACGUAUGGCAAAUGUGCAAGACAGUUAAAAUUCUAAAAGUGCAUAAAAAUCGAUACUGCCCUUUAAUUCCUUUCAAUAAGUCGUGGUUGUGGUUAGGCAUCCCAUGCGCCUAUAUAUGGAUAUAGGCGAAAAUGCGGACCCCAGGUGUUGGGAUGGAAGAAGGGGAAGAGAUCUCUGGGGAGGAUGGUUUAUUCAUCUGACGUUUCACAUUCAUACUUGGGCGCAUCAUCGGAGAUAGGAAAGCGGGCCUCCCAAGAAAUUUAAUUUGAAAUAGGCCAGAUUCUUUGGGGGCAACAUAACCUCUAUUGUGUACAUUUUUGAGACUGGUUCCCCGGCUCAUCGUCAGACUUCUGGGUUAUGUACAAAUACAGUUAUCUAUUUAACCGUGUCGAGCAAGUGAUUCUGUGUUUGCCCGAAGCCCGCGGCAACGCUAGUCGAUCGUAUUUUGUCAUCCCCUCGGCAAUGGCUGCGCUCGCUUCCAUCUUUCCUUGAGAAAUUUGUACGUGGCAUCUAAGUGGAAAUUUCAAUAACGGGCUGGGAAGCCAGUCUCGAAGAGGUACGCAAUAAAGUUACUUUCGUUCUCAAAGUAUCUUACCUAUUUCAAAUACAUAUAUAUGAACCAGUCAUACCUAAACUCCAGGUCUGGAUAAGUUGUGGUUCGAAACGACACUGUUUGAUCAUUGUGCUUCAAGUAAAACGUUGCACCAUUAAGUUGUGGAUUCACCGUUCUCUCAAAUAAUCACUCCCAUAGAAAUACGAACUUAUCGGAGGGACUGGGGAACAGUCUUCAUUAGCAGUCACAGUUGCACAUUAAUGGAGUUUCUCUAUUUGAAACAGUCCAUGGGGGCAAUGCGAUUGACACUCCGGAUACCUAUGCUAUGAAUUUGUGCGUCAACCAUUUGUCACCGUCUCAUUUCAGGCCAAGGCUGCUCUGGAGGCCAUCACUGCAGCCUGCGCCAGUGAUGACAGGAGUCUCAACCUGCUGAAGCUGAGCAUUGACGCCGCCCGAGCCCGAUGCACUGUCGGUGAGAUCACUGACGCCAUGUCAGCUGUAUUUGGUCGCCACAAGGCGAAUGACCGUCUCGUCUCGGGGGCCUACAAGUCAGGCUAUCGUUCUGGCGAUGAACUCAAAAAACUUUCUGAGAAGAUCGAGGUAGGUAUCAGGUAAUUGUUUUUACCUAACGUUUUUUAUGCUCAUCCCCUAAAUCGACCCGAUACUUCACGCCUCUAGGCCUUCGCCGCUGCCGAGGGUCGUCGACCUCGUAUACUUGUGGCUAAGGUGGGUCAGGAUGGACAUGAUCGUGGAGCCAAAGUCGUUGCCUCUGGUUUCUCCGAUCUUGGCUACGACGUUGACGUUGGACCCCUGUUUGCUGUAAGCCUUCCUAACAAUCUAUUCGUCCUUACUCAUUGUUGUCAUACUUACAUGUUCUUCUAUGGCUUCUGUUUGACUCGAAUUUCUGCCGUUUCCUUUUGUUAACUGUGGAAAUACCGUCAGUCCUGACUGUGAACCGCCCUUAAUUCUGAGCAACUAUAAUUCCAAACUCUCGGUCGUUUCUGCCCAUGUCCUGUGCUAUUCAGGGUAACAGGCACCUUGAAGAAGGAGAUGCGAUUGCUGGGAGAAGAGCUUUAUCUGCGAAUGUCUCUGAUGAUGGAUUCGAGUGAGAAUCCGAAACGUCAGGCUCGUCACUCACUGCUUUCUCAAUAGCGACUAUGUUUCGCUUGUUAGUAGUAACCCCCCUCGGGCGUCCUUUACUUGGAGCGUCCGCGAGUUAAAUUAUCCAGCUUUAAAGUACAAAAAUCCCCUACAUCGUCGCCUGAUCCGGAAAUAAUUUGCUGAUAGCUUAUUAAGUUCUUCGAGGCAGGCUGAGGCUCUACCAUCGCUAUCAACUCUGUGCCGAAGGAUCCGCCGCAGGCCAACCUCUUUGCGGGCGGAAGUCGCUGGCGACCUGAUAUUUUUUAAACUGUUUCCGUCUGAAGGGGACUCAGUUAUUCCUUGGGAUGCUGCCAGUUGCCGCUCCUACAAGUCUAGAGCUACAAAUUCACAGGAUUUUCCCACCAUCCCAUUCAUGUUCAUCAUGCUCGACUUUCAGCGAGCCCGACCUUAUCGAGAGAGGUCCCGUCCGCGUAGAAAAUUCUUGUAACGACAAAUUUUGCUCCUAUACCUUUCAUUCGUCUGCGUUCAUUCCCUAUAGACUCCUGAAGAAGCCGCUCAGCAGGCCGUGGAUGCUGAUGUCCAUGCUGUUGGUAUAAGCUCCCUGGCUGCCGGCCACAAAACUCUCGUCCCAGCAUUAGUCAAGGCGCUGAAGGACCAUGGUCGUAGGUGAGCAUCAUGUCCUAUUUCUACCGGAUUCCAAGGUUUUUGAAACUGACUUCCCCGCUUUUUGUGGAUCUUUUUAAGUAUUUCGAUUCCGUCCUGGUCCCACUAUUGAUCGUAUUCGAAACAAUGCAAUCUAAUAUAUUAUAGUGUUUAUCCAUAGCUGAUCACCAGCCUGUCUCCAUACGGUCGUUUAGUGGUUCAUAUCCACAAAUUGCCGUCCACAAUUUAAAGGGUUGUUUAUUGCGCCCAACCGGGAAAGCCGCUCCUACUCGGCCAACUGUAAUGAGGCCCAACCCCUUAUCCCCGCAAUUCAAUCAUCGCUAACGAUCACGUCCGCUGUGUGCGCUAGAGAGUAGUCGGCACAGGACGGUGACUUGACGAGUCAACUGGUUUAUGGUGAAACAGACCUGCGCAGUAUCUAUCGCAAUCUCCCCUCCCGGCAGCGGUAUACAGAAGGACCCCUUUUAACUGUCAGUAGACUGUGGAUCGUGUCAUACGUGAUUCAUGGUAAAGGGAGCUUUAUGGGUGGGGCAGCAUGCUAGACAGUAAGCUGACAAAAUGAAAGAAAACACAAAAAUUGCACGAAUUUAUGCCAAAAGUUUUACCCUACGCUAUUGCACGACAACGGAAAAAAGAGUAGUAAUAAACAGUAAACAAAAAGUAAAUCUCACAAAAUAACGCAUUUUGAGUUAAGGUGUGAGGCCGUGGGAAGUAAUCGUUGCUGUUAGUGUAAUUUCUGCAACAGCCUACAAAUGUAUGCCAAGAUAGAACCCCAUAUGACACGAUCCACAGUCUACUGGCAGUUAAGUGGGGUCCUUCUCCAUACCGUUGCCCCUCCCUCUGGUCGCAAUGGCAAAACAGAGUCCGGAUGACCAGAGGCAGGGUCGGGUGCAGUGACGAACAAUACCAAUCCGCUCGUCUACGCGUACCACACACACACACACACUCGCAAUGUGUACGGGGAUUUCACCCAUCAGGGAAGGGGCUUGGGUCACUCAUGCCAGUGAGUGUCCUAUGGUUCACAUUCAGAAGAAGCCACUAGGUCUGGGUUACCCUGCCCGUUGGCAGUCUUCCCAGCCGCGGCGUUUAGCAAGUCCUGGUCAACGCAAGCGUACCAGAUUUACUCUAGUGCGGAAUGUGCCGAGGUGGUGGUUAGGGGGGGGGGGCUGUGGAGUACUCAGGAUCGGUAUCUCUCUCGCCCUUCCCUCCCCCAUAUACCAAUCAACUGUACAAACCUGUCAGCCAUCUGGUGCAGGGAUUGGACGUGGUGGCCGGUGCGACGCAAAAUCCACGCCUAGGCGUGCCACCACACUGCCCCUUGAGGGUCAUUUUAGAGGAUGCGUGAACACUAAGCAACCUGAUAAACGCGUGCUGCGAGCCAGUAUAGUCCCGGUAUUCGGCCAACCCUUCCAUCGCUUACCCACUGUAGGGGCUUUGUUCGUGACUUUCCAGGUGUCUGAGUGACUUUACUGUUGAAUGCAAUUCGCCGACACUUUCGUGGUGUAAAGAAUGAGGGGCUUGACGGCACGAAGCUCCGCGGUCACUACUCUAGAGAGCAUUUAAGUCGAGGUUUCUAGUUAGGCUUUUGUUUUUGCCCUUUACUCCGACCUCCAGUUAACUUGUCUCACCUUGAACAGCAUGUCAAAAUUGCGCGACACUGAAAUCGCAUCUCCCAGGCAUUGACGGGAGCGCUCUUUAUGUGAACUUGGCCGAGAUUUGUGAGGCAGGUUAUCACAAAAGUAUAUCUCCCGGCUUACGUUUUCCCCUAAGCAUUCAUCGAGAAGGUCCUGCUAAGUCAGCCUGCCUGGUGACCUUGUCUCACAGAGCGGUCAUCUCCCAGCCACCCUUUCCGUCCUGAAAAUGACUGCUGUUGCGAGCUUUUGUCUAUCAGGAGUAACCGGAGAUGAGCAUGGUAAACAGGGGUAUGCAGAGAGCCGUCUUUGUCAAGGGUGUUGGUUAGCCUGUCCCACACACUGUAUGGGGGCUCACGCCCUCUCAACCACCGCGCUCAAUCUCACCUUCAAUUGGCUUGACUGGAACUUGUCACUAGUGUGGGGAAGGAAGGAAAGAAUGAGGUCAUUCCAGCGCCUCACAGCAGUGGAAGUGUGAUGGUCGAGAUAACUCGCUGGGUAAUCUUUGUAGUCGGCACGUCCAGACUGGACUCCCAUGGCAGCGCUUCCUGUCAUCCAGGUCCAUCGACAACAGUUUCUUUUUCGAAACUCAGUGUCGGCCAAUCCUAAGGGAUAAAGUAAAUGUUUGUUUGGAUUGAUGUUGUUCUACCGUGUUAGCGCAGGUGGCUCGAGGACCACCAUUGUCCCUAGGUCCUUGGGCUGCCUUACCUGAGAGUGCCAUAAAAGCCACCUCUAGAAGGAACCAGGCCGUAGUGGGCCUAAGUUAUCCCGACAGUUGGAAACUUACGAGCCACGACGGUCGGCAUAUCGCGGUAGUUUAAAUGUGGGUUUUUUGUUGACAAUGGAAGUGAUGAUUGGCAUGACACGAAAGCACUUGCGUUUUCCGCACACGCAGCUUAGAGAGGAGCUGAAAUAAGCGGAGGCGCGCAAACUCACGGGAUAUUCUUCUCAUCGCGUGAUUGUCGUAUGAGUGAAAACCACUGUCUUGUAGAUUAUCGAUAUGCGUAUGCAUUUGGUCGAGUGCUUCUUCGCACCGGCCUGUUUGGUCAUAUUCGAAUACACGACAACAGCGACUAAAACAACGCGACAAAGCCACCCACCUACAGCACCUAUCGGAGUUUAUUCAAAUGCGUAUACGCUUGUUGUUCAUUCACUACCCGCAUUCUGUCGUGUGCCUUAUACUAACUCUUGUGUUUUCAACUUGAUACGAGGUCGCAACCUUCUCCUCUGAUAAUUGAGGCGGCCGCCUGGUUAGGCUAAAGUGUUUCGAUCCUGGUGUGUUCUGAUUGGCCACUUUCUGAAAUUUCCCUCUCUCUCCUCCAGUGACAUCCUCGUCUUCGUGGGCGGUGUGAUUCCGCCGCAGGAUUACGACUUCCUGUAUCAGAGCGGCGCAUCCCUGGUCUUCGGUCCCGGCACCCGUAUCCCCGAUGCUGCAGGCAAGGUCCUCGAGGCCGUUCAGAAAAAGCGCGCCAAGGCCUGUUAA